AUGGUCCUUCCACUGCCCACCUAUCCUACGCCUACGCCUGAGUUUGCCUGCGAGAAAGUCCGAGGACGGCACAGCCUACGACUAAGCGUGUACAUUGGCGCGGUCAAGGGAUAUCUAGGGUGGGAUAUCUGGGGUCCCUACGAGACGCAUCCAGAGUUGCAUAUCUUAACGGCCAAGGAUGCGCCAUUUGCUGCUAUACAGCGCGCGGGACACGGUGAUCUUGUUCAGACUCCUGAGGAGAGAACCUACCUUGCUCAUUUGAUGGGUAGGCCGGUGGGACAAAAAAGAAUGUGUGUCCUUGGGCGAGAGACAAGUAUUCAGGAGGUCUAUUAG